AUGCGCGGUAGCUCUGUGGUGCCAUCGAGCUCGAAAGCACGAACGAAUGGAAAGCCGAAAAGAGAAAUAUUGAAUGCAAAAAGUUUGUCGAGUAUCAAUAUGCUGCUGAAUAAAAACCAAAACGCGGAAUCAGCGAACGUGAUCGAAAAAAUGGAUGCCUACACUCAAGACGCGUUCGAUAGAGUGUUCAAAGGUCACUUCAGCCGAAUACCGAAACCACAGAGCAAAUUGGUCAGAGUUUUCACAAGCUCAACUUUUACUGAUACAACUGUCGAACGAAAUGCAUUGAUGGAAGAAGUUUAUCCGAAAUUGAAGGAAUAUUGCAGAGAGACCCAUGGUUUAGAUUUUCAAGUUGUCGAUAUGCGUUGGGGAGUUCGUGACGAAGCCACUGACGAUCAUAUGACGACCAAAUUGUGCAUUAACGAAAUUGCCAAUUGUCAAAGAUUGUCGGUUGGCGCAAAUUUCGUGGUGUUCCUUUGUCAAAAAUAUGGAUACCGUCCAAUUCCAUCCGAAAUUCUCUCGACUGAAUUCGAAAUGUUGAAGCGAACGUUGAAGGAGGAAAACGAGGAUGUGACGCUUCUUGAAACAUGGUACAUUGAAGACACUAAUUCCGUACCCGCAAUGUUUAUGCUUCAACCAAUCUCUAGUAUUCUUGUCAAUUUUAACAAUAAGCGGAUUCCCAAAUUACAAGAACAAGAUGCGAAACAAUGGUGGGAAUGUGAAGCCAAAAUGCAGCAAUUGUUAAGGAAAGCAGCAAAGAGCUGCUACGAAAAAGGAUUGCUUGAUCACGAGACAAUGCACAACUAUUUUAUGUCAGUUACCGAGCGAGAAGUCAUCCAUGGAAUUUUGAAGGCAAAAAAUCCGAAUGAGCAUUGUUUGUGCUACAUCAGACACAUUAACAAUAUCGCGCUUUCACAAAUGAAAACUGCUUCGAAGUUUGUCGAUAUUGCUCAUAAUCAUGUAGGUGUUAAUGCCGAAGCUCAAAAAUUGUUGGCAAACUUAAGAGAUGAGCGAGUGCCGGCGAAACUUGCCGCCACAAACAUCAAACGAUCGACAAUCGAAUGGGUGGGUCGCGACGGAAUAAAUGUUCAAUACCACGCCGAAUACGUUCGUCAGUUCUGCUCAGAUUUUUAUACUAGCAUCACUCAAAUGGUUGAUAAUGCAAUGGAAAAACAUGCAAGAUUUCGGGAUCCGUUGUUUAGCGAAGUAUUAACUCAUUUGAAUACAAGCAUGUCGGUUUCGAAAAUGUUCUUCGGACGAGAUGAACAAUUGGAAUAUGCGAAACAGUACCUGAUUCAAAACUCAAAUCUUCCACUUAUUCUGCAGGGAGAGAAUGGAUGCGGAAAGACCUCGUUGUUGGCGAAAAUCGCGAUGAAAGUGCGCGAAUGGUACGGCGACGCUUGCUCGCCGGUGGUGAUCCUUCGAUUCUUGGGAACUAGUCCGGAUAGUUCCAAUAUCGCUCCAUUACUCACAACCGUUUGCGAUCAAAUCGCUUAUAAUUAUGACGAAAGUUUGAUCAACUCGGCUCCGAACGAGCUCUCGAAACUUUUUCAACACUUCAAGAAAAUAACAGCGUUGGCGAGUCAAGAGAAACCAUUGAUUAUUAUUUUCGACAGUCUCGAUUUGAUUUCAACAAUUGAUGGAGCCCACGAACUCUUGUGGUUUCCGCCAACUCUUCCGCCCUAUGUGAAAUUCUUCGCUUCGCUUACGCCUGGAGCGAGCAAUAUAUCGAACAAAAUACAACGAUUAGUUGAAGACCGACGGCAAUAUCUGGAAGUGCCUAGUUUGGGACACAGUUUAGGAUCAAGAGUGAUUCGAGAAUGGUUGGCUGAAAAAGGAAGAACGCUAUCGGAUAGGCAAUAUUCAUUGGUUUCGAAAGCUCUCGAUAAAUGCACACUGCCCCUAUUUGUGAAGUUGAUAUACGCAACUGUAGCACGAUGGAAAUCAUAUUCUCGACCACAGGAAACUAUUCUGUUCUCGUCACUUCAAGAGAGCAUUCAUGCUUUAUUUCAUAGAACUGAAAGUCAGCAUGGAAAACUGCUAGUUUCGCACGCAUUGUCUUAUAUCUCUGCUGCUCGAUCUGGAAUUAGUGAUUCAGAAGUUGAAGAUUUGAUUUCGCUCGACGACAAAGUUCUAGAUGAUAUUUACCAAUAUCACUUGCCACCUGUUCGACGCAUUCCUCCUUUAUUAUGGAGUCGAAUUCGUUCCGAUCUUCCCGGAUACUUAUCUGAACGCGCUGCCGAUGGCGUCAUUGUGCUCAAUUGGUAUCACGAGCAGUUUCGAAACGCCGCCAUCGAGAGAUAUUUCAAAAAUGUGAACCAUCUGGAGACUUGUCAUUCGGCAAUGGCUGAAUAUUUUUUGGGUGUGUGGGGCGGAGUCCCGAAACCUUAUCAAUAUACGGAAAUGCAAAAGCAACGAUUUGGAGUGACGGAAAACGAGGGUUUAGCUGAUCGAAAAGUGCCGAAACAACCCAAUGUGUUCACCACAAAAGAUGGAUAUCACAGAUAUAACACGAGGAAAUUAAACGAGUUGCCGUAUCAUCUUUUAAGAGCAGGGAGAAUUGAAGAACUUUUGUCGUUAUGCCUAUUUGAUUACGAUUUUCUACAUGCUAAGGUUUCCAGUUUUCCACUGCAAUCAUUGAUCGCCGAUUAUGAAGAUGCGAUUCAAAAUGUGAAAGAUGUGGAAAUCUCGCGUCAAUUAUCAUUAGCCGUUGAUGCAUUGCGAUUAUCCGCAAGUAUUCUUAGCAAGAAUCCGUCGAUGCUCGCCUUUGAACUACUUGGACGCCUAUUGCCGUUGGUGGAAACCAAUCCUUAUGUCAGCAAUUUACUAAUCAAAUGCGACAGCGAAGGUCCUCAACACAAUGCGUUUGUACCAGCUCAUCACUGUUUUCAUGCUCCCGGAGGACCAUUGAAAUUCUCGCUUGAAGAACACCAGUUUGCGGUGUUUGGAAUGAAACUGACAUCGGAUCGAAAACUUCUGGUAUCAACAUCGAAUCAGAUAAUUGUUUGGGAUGUUGCAACAGGAGACAUUGCUCGCGUAGUAAAUCCCAACAUCGACGGGGUCUUUUUCGGUUUAGCACUUUCAAAAGACGACAAAUUCGCUGCUUCAUACACAAACAAUAAUCAGAUUAUAAUCACAUCACUUGUUACUGGCGAAUUCAUCAGCAUCGAACCGGAAAGUUUAGUUACACAAAUGGAGCUUCAGAAUAUCGCAUUCAUUGCGAAUAAUAAUAUUCUGGUGUGGUCAAAGUCAACCUAUUUGAUGUACACGGUCGACGGGCGGCUGAUCUCGCAGGGCUCCGAGAGCGACGGAGAGAAUAAUAAUAUUAUACACAUUUUUCAUCGGGAUAAAUUCAACAUUUUAUAUUUACUUUGGAAUGGAGAAAGAGAUGAUUGGAACUUGGUUCUCACUGGAAAUGUUAGAGAUGAUAAGACUAAUUCAAAAGGUAAGCUGAUCAAUUUUCAUUGCGAAGCGGAUAUCACAUUCGUUGAUGAUUAUUUUCGUCAUGGUUAUGCCUGUAUAACACAUAAAAGUUCGUCGGAUUUAGAAGGAGAUCAUAGUUUUGCGCUGGCUCGAAUCGAGCUAUCAGAAUCAAAAUAUAUAAUUAGAGAGAUUAUUCGGGAAAAUUUAUCAGAUCGAAUCAAUCAUAUAGUAAUAUUUCAUAGACAAUCUUCAAGUGGUACGGAUCGCAACACAAAUUGGGUUGUCGGAAUCUGUGUUGAAAACUUCAUUUUAUAUCGAGAGAAUUGUGGUUAUGAGCCUAUAUUAUUACACCUUCCAUUCAAUAUUCGAAACAUUCCGAUUCGCCCGCGCCACACCACCUCAACGGUCUCAUUCGCUUCACACGACACGGUUUUCGUGGCGGGAAUCCGCAAACAUUUGUAUUUGUGGAAUGUGAAAACCACCGAACUUCUACGAUCAGUCGAUGCACAUUUUGGCAGAAUUUUGAAUCUCGAGUCGAUCAGUCAGAAGGGUCAAAAUAUUCUAAUUUCGUCGUCAUUGGACCAUUCAAUUAAAAUUUGGAACAUGGAGAAUAUUUUCGAGAAAUCGUUCUCGGUCUCAACAAUGGAUCAGCCGAUUGAGAAGAUUUCGGUGGCUCGAGACAACUCGACUUUAGCGGCUGUUCAGACAAGGAAAAACAUUGGAAUUUGGGAUAUUAGAAGCCAUCGAUACAUCGCUUCGCUUGUCGCUAACGUACAUGGUGCCGUUGUUUCGGAUUCUCUCAUAGCCUCUGACGGAAGAACAAUUGUUGCUGUCGAAUCGGAUCAUUUGCUAUUAUGGGAUCUCAGAACACAAUCCGUGAUCAAUUCUGUACAUGCUCCGAAUGUUUUUCAAAUAUUUUAUAUGAAUAGGGAGACUUUCAUUGGGGCAAUUUACAAGCAAGUCGACUCGGCUGAGCAAAAAAUUGCCAGAAUGACGAUAUACAAUGUAGCUGACUUUAGUGUUCAAUACACGUUUGAAUAUCCAUGUCGAUUUUUUAAAGAAUGCGCCGUUCUCAAGGACGAAGUCACCGGAGUGGUCGCCACGCUGCUAAAAGGACACGACAGCUUGCUUAUAUUUGAUGCUGUUGAGAGAGUGCAAAAAAUGAAAUUCAGACCACGACAAACGAAAAAACAAAAAGAUGUGCUGAUAAGCAAAAUUAUUGCAAUGCCUCAUAACAAUAAUCAGGUGAUUGUGAUGGAAAGCGAUAACAAAGCGUGCGUUUGGGAUAUUCGAAAUCGAAAGUUCCUUCGUCACCUUCCUCAAUUUAACGGAAUAAUAUCGUCCGAUGGAAAGACGGGAUUGUUUGCACCAGCAAAGGGUGGAUUAUUUGUUAUUGAUAUCAAAACGGGUCUCACUGCGAAAACACUAAUCGGAAAUGUAACCGAGGGGGUGAAUGACGUCACCUGUUCAUUUACACCAAAUGGGCAGUAUGUCGUUUAUUUUCACAGCGGGCAUAAGACCUUGAGGGUUUUCCGCGUAUUAGAUAGCCAAUUGAUUGGAACCUUCCGGCCGCAUGCCACAAUUACUUGUUGGAAUUAUGAUCCGAAGGGGAAUUUGAUCAUCGUUGGUGCACAGGAUGGAUCAUUAUUAUCGUUAGUGUUGCGUGAUCCGCUUCUCAAGGAGGAAACUCUUAUCAAUAUGGCGAAGCUUCCUUGUAGACGUCAUCUGGCAGAUUAUCUUCAUCUUCCUAUUCCCGAAGAAUCCAGAAUCGACAUAUUCGAUCUUCAUAACUUGGGUGCUGUCACGGCUGCUGUCACACGCUUCAAAUCCUUGUUGGACAAUAAGAAAAGCGGAGGUGGCGGAAUGGCCAAGAAGAGUCAUGUGUGUUUGGUUAUGUAA